UGCCUGGUUUUCAUUAGGUCAUAUUUGACGUCAAAUGCUGUCAAAAUAAUGAAAACGGGUUGUCAUAUGGUGUCAGUUGCGUUUGCCGGCAUAUUUGCCAACGAACGGCAAUUUAAAUUGACAGCGAAAUGAAAACAAUCAAAAUACGUUAUGUGGCAACAUUUGACAUCAAAAUUAGAUUUGCCAACAUGUUGGCAAAUUAUUUCCAUUUGCCGCGUGAAUGAUGUGCAAAAAUAAAUACAAAAGAUUUUUCACUUUUCAAGUUUCAAAAUGGCAGAAGAAAUGAGUGCAAAUACAGAAACGGAAAUUCCAAGCAUCAAGCGGGUGCGAAAAAUGAAAACAAAGUGGACAGCGGAGGAGACUGAGCAACUAAUUCAAGAAGUGGAGUCAAGGGAAGGAACCUGGAAUUUCCUUUCUGCGGAUUAUCGCGAUAGGAAUUUGCGUGAGGCUCAGUGGCAUGAAGUGGCAGAAACACUAAAUAUGCCACGAGCCGAAGUAUCAGCCAAGUGGAACAGCCUUCGUUGUUCUUUUCGCGCGGCCUUCAACCGAAGGGCUCAUACAAAAAGUGGACAAGGUGCUGGAAGAACGACUAGCAUGAACCCACUCUACAAUUCGCUAAAGUUCCUCGAGCCUACAUUAAAUAUUGAAGCGAGCACCACUUCAAAUUUAAUAAAUGACAGCUCGUCGACCCUGACCACUCCAACAAUAUUGUUUGAGUCGGAAACGGUAUCUGGCGAUAUACCACCAACGCCAUCUACAUCACGACCCAAUUUAAGGAAACGUCGUGUUGAAAAAAACAUUGAAGUAGUUCAACGUGCGCUGGAGACCCUCACAUCUGCUACAAAAACUGAUGCUUGGGAUGAUUUAGGCAACUUUGUGGCAUCAAACGGCCGUGUGUGGGACCAAGAAUCUCCACAACUGGCCAGAGAAUUCAAGCAGGACAUAUGUGAGUUAAUAUUCAAGUAUCAGCAGAAAUUCACACGGUAAAAACAGUUGCAGUAUUGUAUAUGUAAUAAAACAUAAUUUUGCUGUUAUUUUAUAGCUCAGCAUAAUGCCGUUUAAAUAUAAAAUCUUUAACUAGUCACUAUACUAUAGUCAAAUGAAAUGAUGUACCUAAUGUUCCUUUUUUAUAUCUUUUUAUAUAUUUUAUUAAAUGAACUUUGUAUUUUUAUAAUUAGUAAUAAAAUAAUAAAUAUAAAAUUAGAAAUGAAUUAUAUAAAUAUAUAUUGAAUUCAAAAUGAUAUAACUUUUGUUUUAUUUAAAAUUCAGAAAGUUUUUAAAAUAGGUAUAAUGAAAAUAUUUUGUAUUUACAAAAUAAGUUAAAUUAUAGAAUUACACAUUUAUAAAUGAGAAAGAUAGGAGUAAACUACAAAGAAGAGUUAUGCAAUAUUGUCCUAUUAUAUUGCCAUUCAACCUCUCCAUGAGGAGUCAUGAAAUACUCCAUAAAUCUUUCACGGACAUUUAUCGCGCUGUCUGCUGGUCUACCUAAAACACUGCUUGGCCGAACUGAUGGAAGCAUUCCAUUUUCCCCCAACUCCAUUCGCCAAUUACCUGGAUCGGUAAUGCCAUUUGUGUCUUUGUCUACGUCAGA